AUGGCGCCAGGUUUAGAAAGCGACGGGGAUAACGAAGAGUGGAUGAAAACUUUACCUGAAGAACUCUGGGACAUUCCUUUAACCAACCUCACUAUACCAGCAAUAUUCCUGUUUUUUUUUUCUUUUUUCAAACAGAUAGAAAAUAUUGUACAGCAACUGCAAGCUGGCAUCCGAUAUUUUGACCUUCGAAUUGCCCACAAACAGAAUGACAUGUCACAUGACCUUUACUUCACUCAUGUGAUCUACACCCAAGUCACAGUGGUGGACACUCUGAACACCGUCGCCACAUGGCUCUCAGAGCACCCCAAAGAGAUCAUCAUCCUCGCCUGUAGUCAUUUUGAGGGCUUGAGUGAAAAACUGCAUGAGGAAUUUAUUUAUUCCCUAAAGAAGAUUUUUGGCUCUAAACUGUGUCCUUCUAACGCUGAUAUAACCUUACGACGCUUGUGGACAUCAGGACAUCAGGUGGUGCUGUCGUAUGAGGAUCAGACAGCAGAACAUCAUAAAGAGCUGUGGCCUGAAAUCCCGUACUGGUGGGCAAACACGGCCAGCGCCGAGGAACUCAUCCAGUAUCUCGAAUCGCAGAAACAUCGCGGUCGUCCAGAAGGCUUCUUCGUCGCAGGUCUGAACUUGACCGCAGACCGAUGCUUCAUGGCCUCCAACCCGCACAUCACCCUGCGGACCUUAACCAUGGACCAGUGGGAGUGUGUGAAGAGGUGGCUGGAGGAUCAGAAACCUGGAGCUGAAUCGACGAGCCUCAACAUCAUUGCAGGAGAUUUUAUAGGGUUGAUUCCACUUUGCUCCAUUGUUAUUGCUCUGAAUAAAGUACUGCUGAAACACUGAGGCCCUUAAUGGUGGACGUUUGACGUGUUCAAGCUUCUUAGAUGAAGGAAUUUCCCUGUUGAUCAGAGAACUGGAUGUACAUCUGUCGGACAUUUUAUUAAACAGAUUUUUUGAACUUUUCUCAAUCAGCUGAGAAGGAACAGAGACGGAGAUGGAGACACGGUUACUUUUGUACAAUUUUAUUUACUUUGGUUCUACAAUAAUUUAACACUGUGUGAUAUUUGAAAUGUUUUCAUAAAUAAAUAUUUACUCAGCUAUG